GCUCCCCUCACCCCGCCAUAUCACAUCCCUUUCUUCCAAGGUUUACUCAACCAUCUUUCCAUUUCAUCACUGAUUCCUCACACCAUAACCUCCUCGAACGAAUAAUUGAACAAAUCUUUCAAAAUGUCUGCCUUCGAUACCGCAGUUGCCGAUUCCAAGAAGCUUACUAGCAAGCCUUCAUCUGAUGAUUUACUCGAGAUUUACAGUUUAUACAAAGUAGCCAUCGGUGACGACAUCUCCAAAGCUGAAGCUCCUGGACUUUUUGACAUCAAGGGCAAAGCCAAGAAGAAGGCGUGGCAAGAAAAGGUCGAUUCUGGCAUCACAGCCGAUCAAGCCAAAGAAAAAUAUGUCGCCAAGAUCGAGGAAUUAAAGGAGAAGUGCGGAUAUGAUCCUAAUAAGGCUCCUGAGGCUGUUGGUGGAAACUAAGCAUCCAAUACAAGUGCUAGUGUUGCGGCUGGAAUGCAUGGAGAAUAUACAAGGAUUGCAUAGCUGAGCUAAGAAUUUGAUGGGAAAUGGAGAUGCAUAGUGGAGAUUUAUAUUUAAGUUUGAGAAAGCAAGCAAGAAUGAGCGAAUGAUUAUGCAUAUACCAGCUGGUUUCGUAUCAAAUUUUCGUGCAUAAAGACA